AUGAGGUCGGCGGAACGCGGAAAGGACGUCGCCAACUCGAGCGAGAUUCGAAGUCUGGCGCCUUACGUGGACAAAUAUGGAGUUCUUCGAGUUUAUGGCAGAGUCGAUGCCGCGCUGUCCAUGCCGUACAGUGCGAGGAGGCCUGUGAUUCUGUCACACAGGCACAGUCUUACGGAGAAACGUGGAUGCGACGAUUGCCCAGAUCCGGACGAGAUUCUGGGUCACGAAGAUAAGACGAGUGCUGAAGGAGAGGAUCGCUUGGAAGCUGGAGGAUGGCCAUUCAAGUACACAGGACUAGACUACUUUGGGCCACUGCUGGUGACUGUUGCUCGUCACAGAGAGAAGCGUUGGGUCGCCUUGUUCACAUGCUUAACGACAAGGGCGAUUCAUCUGGAGCUGGCGCAUGACCUGUCAACGGAUUCCUGUAUAAUAGCGAUCAGGAACUUCGUCUGCCGUAGAGGACCAGUACGUAAACUGCAGAGUGACAACGGCAAGAACUUCGUGGGAGCUGACAGGGAGGCCAGGCGAUUUGGAUACGUGUUCGAGGCGGAAAUGAUACAAGGUGAGUUAUCCAGCAGGAGCAUUGGAUGGGUCUUUAAUUGCCCAUCCGACCCGUCCGAGGGCGGAGUAUGGAAGCGGAUGGUGCAGUGCGUCAAGCGAGUGCUGCGCCAUACCUUGAAGGAAGUCGCGCCGAGGGACCAUGUUUUGGAGAGUCUCCUAAUAGAGGCGGAAAACAUAGUCAAUUCGCGUCCGCUCACCCACUUGCCACUGGAUCCGGACCAAGAGGCGCCGUUGACGCCAAACGACCUGCUCAAGGGAGCAGCUAACCGGCCGGAUAGGCCCGGACGGGAUGUGGAGCGGCCCAAGGAGGGUUCUACGCGAAAGCAGUGGAGGAUUGCCCGCAUGCUGCGGGACCGCUUCUGGAGGAGGUGGGUCAUGGAGUACCUGCCUACGCUUGUGGCCGCGAAAAGUGGUGCCGAAGAACGGAGCCCAUCCGCCAGGGCGAUAUGGAUGCCCAGACGAGAGUGGCGCAAGGGCAUCGUGGAGGAGGUAUACAGCGGAGCUGAUGGAGUCGCCAGACGCGCCACUGUGCGC